AGACCAGCAUCUGUGCGAACCUUUACUGUGAAAAUGUCACAGCCCGACCUGGUGGUCAGGGAACCCUGAGGCGUCCUGGUGCUGGAGGCCACUUUGAGGGUCUUCGCGGACCCUCUGUAGCUGUCCUCCCACCUCAUGAAGGAGUUCAUUCCCAGCAGUGGGCAAAAGGAACUCCUCUACUGGGCUUGGGCCCUCUAGGCCCCCUUGCUGCUCACCCGCUUCCCAGCAUCUCCUCAGCCCUGUUCCCACUUCUGCAACCCUCAGUCCCAGGCUUCCUGGAGCCUCAUCAGGUAGCUCCAGCCAGUACACAGCCCAGACCAGCAUGGAGGAAGCUCGAGGCUGAACGCUCUGGUGCCAUCUAUGUCCGGGGACCCCUUUGCCGUCCAAGAGCACUUCUGCACUCACUGCACCCCACGGCCCACAGGACUGCGAGCCGCUGGAACGCACUGGAGCUUAAGAGACUGGGCCUCAUGUUGAGAAUUCAAGACAUAAAACCGAAGAUAGGCGCCCCCAAAACGGUUCCUCCCAGCCCGCCCGCCAACAGCACCCUCUGGGGCCUCCAAGGACCUACAGCUCCGCCUAACCGCCGGCAGUGGCGGAGACUCGGUUUCCCAGAAGCCCCCCGGCUGGGUCCCGCCCACAGCUCUGCCGGGCGCCCCCUGGCGGCGCGCUUCAGCUCGGCUCCAGUUCCCGGCGGCCCGCGCGGCACGUUCUCGGCGGAAGGGCUGCUCGCCAUGGCUGGGGCUGGUUCUGCCGCUGUGUCCGGGGCAGGGACCCCCGUGGCGGGUCUCGCAGGCCGCGAUCUCUUCGCCGAGGGGCUCCUAGAGUUCCUACGACCGGCUGUGCAGCAGCUGGACUCUCACGUCCACGCUGUCAGAGAGAGCCAGGUAGAGCUCCGGGAGCAAAUUGACAACUUGGCUACUGAGCUGUGCCGAAUCAACGAGGAUCAGAAAGUGGCCCUGGAUCUCGACCCCUAUGUCAAGAAGCUGCUUAAUGCCCGGCGACGAGUUGUCUUGGUCAACAACAUUCUGCAGAAUGCGCAGGAACGGCUGAGGCGACUAAACCACAGUGUUGCCAAGGAAACAGCCCGCAGGAGGGCAAUGCUGGAUUCAGGAGUUUACCCUUCUGGUUCCCCGAGCAAGUAAACAGGCCAGAAGAUGGGGCUCGUGCCUGGCCCCGUAAUAGCACAAGUACUCUUCCCUGGCUGCCUUGCUUCCUCCGGGAACUCCCUGUAGACCUUGGGACAUCAGACAGACAGCCCAGUUGUUUCUGUCUGAAGCACUUAAGUCUUACCCACUUCUAUGGGGCCCAAAGAAACCUGUGUACAGCAGGACUAAUGAUCCCAAAGGAUUUAUUAUGGCUCUUGCUUCCAAGAAUGGGCCGAGGACUCUACCUUUUUAAAACCUACAUUCUCAAGGCCCAGCUCCUCUACCUUCAAGCCUAGUUAGUGAGGGGCUUCCUCCAUUGCAUGUCCUCUAUCUGUGACUUGUUUUCCUUUGUUUACACUGAGGAUCUGAAGGGCAGGCAAAGUCAAGGUAAUGACCUCUGUCUACCCUCUUUUGUGGAUGGCACUGGGCUUGAAUACAGUGGCAGUAUUGGUAGAACCAUUUCAUUCAAUAAAUGCUUAAACAGUG